AUGGAUGUCAAAUCUUGGGCGCUUGAUGCGCCUACGGUACUUUCGACGCUGAAGGCGAACGUUGUGCCAUUUUUCUACACUUGGUAUGGCGCUGCUUUGUCGGUAUUUGUCGUUUUCAACUUCAAGGCGUUGCCAUUUGUAUGGACGGCGCGGACAUAUUACCAUCUGAAUAUCGCCUUUGGAAACCAGCAAAAACGGCUAGUCAAAUCUACCGAUGGAAGCAAAAGAAAAGUCGCGCUGGUUCAGAAGAAAAAUGCCGGAGAUUCUAUCGAAAAGCACCCUUUGUUCAAGCCGGACAUUAUUAGUACUUAUGUACCUCUGUUGGAGAUCGACAUGAACUUGCACAAGUCAAACUCAACCUUCUUUACAGAUCUUGACAUAUCUCGGAUCAAGUUAAUGGGCAGGAUAAUUGCGCCAGCGUGGCCAAUGGACAACAUGGAAAUCGAAUACAAAGGGCGAGAUGGAACCAACAAAAAGGAAAAGGUAAAGGGGCGACCUGCUCUCAUCUUGGGGGCUACACAUACGUCUUUCAAACGUGAGCUUCGGCCUUAUGCUUCCUACAAUGUGGAAUCGCGCAUCCUAGGUUGGGACUCUCGCUGGAUCUACGUUGGAUCAUGGUUUCUCAGCAAAUCUACAUCAAAGAAGAAGGUUUAUGCGACUAGUCUGUCAAAGUACAUCAUCAAAAAGGGGCGCAUAACAGUGCGUCCAGAGCAAUUCUUCGUUGAAUGCGGGUGGAUUCCGGCGCAAGAGACAGACCAUGGCGAGAAUGAGAAAGUAGCGGACAGCGAGGCAGGAUGGUCAAGGUCAGAAGUUGAGGCCCACAAAGAGAAGGGGAUGCAGAUUGUCAAGACAUGGGGAGAGGCAAAUCUGUUGAUGGAGCAGGAAUAUGAAGAAUAA